AUGGAUUCUCAUCUCCAAUCUUCCCUUGUUCUUGCUAUGGUCACCUUGGCAACAUUUCUGAUCCCUAACUUUGCACAGCUCACUCCUGAUUAUUAUGACAAAGUUUGCCCUCAGGCGUUGCCAGUCAUUAAGUCAGUUGUUCAACAGGCAAUUAUUCGUGAAUCACGCUUGGGAGCAUCCUUACUUCGAUUGCAUUUCCAUGAUUGCUUUGUGAAUGGCUGUGAUGGAUCAGUUCUGCUAGAUGACACCCCUUUCUUCGUGGGCGAGAAGACUGCAUUUCCAAAUAUUAAUUCACUUAGAGGCUUUGAUGUGGUUGAUGAAAUUAAAGCAGCGGCUGACAAUGCUUGCCAACGUCCCCUAGUAUCAUGUGCAGAUAUCUUAGCUAUAGCAGCUCGUGAUUCUGUAGCCAUAUUGGGGGGUCCACAAUAUUGGUACCAAGUGUUAUUAGGGAGAAGAGAUGCAAGAUAUGCAAGCAGGGAUGCUGCAAAUCUCAAUCUUCCCCCUCCAUUCUUGAACUACUCACAGCUUCUUACAAAUUUCCAAUCUCAUGGGCUGGACCUUAAAGACCUUGUGGUCCUCUCUGGUGGCCACACCAUUGGAUUGGCAAAGUGCAGUUCCUUCAAGGACAGAAUCUACAAUGACACCAACAUAGACCCUGGUUUUGCAGCUACUCUGCGUAAUUCAUGCCCUCGAAGUGGCAAUGACAAUAGUUUAUCACCACUUGAUGCAGCAUCUCCUGCAAAAUUUGACAAUACAUAUUAUACAGCUUUGUUGAAUAAAAAGGGUCUCCUCCAUUCUGAUCAAGAGCUAUUCAAAGGUGUUGAUUGUGAAAGUGAUAGAUUGGUGCAACUAUAUAGCAAUGACCCUUAUGCUUUUGCUAGAGACUUUGGAGCUUCCGUUAUUAAGAUGGGUAACAUGAAGCCUCUUAUUGGGGAUAAGGGAGAGAUCAGGUAUAAUUGCAGAAAAGUCAACUAUUAG